AUGCCCAUCGGAAUUCUCCACCAGGGCUUCACUGAGGGCCUGUCCUCCAUUCCCUAUGGCUGGCCCAUCCUAAAGGUUGUCUCUGUCUUGGGCGUGCUGUACCUGCUGAAAUGGUUCUUCAAUGGCGCCACCAACUCCUCGGAGCGGAACAUGCACUCCAAGGUGGUCAUGGUCACGGGUGGAACAGCAGGAAUCGGUGCUGAAGUGGUCAAAGGGCUGGCUUCACGUGGUGCCCAGAUCAUCCUCCUAGUCCAGCAGCCACUGUCCGAUCCCUUCCUUGUCGACUACAUCGAAGACCUGCGGACGCAGACGGGCAACGAGCUCAUCACCGCCGAGCAUGUCGACCUCACGUCGCUGCACAGCAUACGUGUCUUUGCAACAAAGUGGGUCGAUAAUGCCCCGCCCCGCCGUCUCGACACCAUCAUCCUCUGCGCAAACACAAUGACGCCCAUAGGCGGCAAGCCAGCCAUCACCGAAGACGGCCUAGAGUCAACAUGGGGUCUGAACUACAUGGCCAACUUCCACCUGCUCAGCAUCCUCAGCCCUGCACUCCGCGCCCAGCCGCCCGACCGAGACCUGCGCAUCAUCUUCAGCACAUGCAGCGCCUACCUGGGCGGCAAGCUGUCCGACUUCGAUGCAAAGCCCAGCGCGAACAAGCCCAAGGGCGCCGCUGAGCAGUCUGAGUUUAUGCCCAGCAGCGUCUACGCCACCUCGAAGCUCGCGCUCAUGACCUUCGCCGUCGCCUUCCAGAAGCACCUCAACGCCUACGUGCGCCCGGACAAGAAGCCCAUGAACGCCCGUGUCAUCAUGGUGGACCCGGGCUGGACGCGCACACCUGGCAUGCGCCGCCACCUGACCUUUGGCACACUGUGGGGGCUCGCGCUCUACCUGAUCAUGUGGCCCGUAUGGUGGCUAGUCUUGAAGAGCGCCGACCAGGGCGCGCAGACGUACUUGUACGCCGUCAUGGAGGCAGAAUGGGGCCGGGGCGAGGGCGGCUACUUCCUCAAGGAGUGCAGAAAGGUGGACUACGCACGACGGGACAUCGACGAUGAGGAUCUGCAGAAGAAGCUCUGGGCGAGCAGCGAGAAGACCAUCGAGCUGCUAGAGAAGGAGGGCGCGAAGAGGCGGGCGCUCGAGAAGAAGGAGAAGGAGAAGGCAGAUAAAAAGGAGGCAAAGAGCACGGCGAAGGAGGAGAAGGUCGAGACGAAGCAGCGAAAGGGGAAAUGA